GGAGAUUUUUUGAAAAUCUCGACCAAAAUAUGAGUGUGAUAUUAUAAUUUGUCAACUUUAUUAUUUUUAAUUUAGUUCUUUAUUUGGGAUUGUCAUCUUAAUCAAUUUACAAAAUAUGGUGGUCAUUGUGCAACAGUUUCCUAUUCCCGAAGGAAAGACGGGUCAACAAGUUGUUGACAUGUUGAUUAAACAAUUUGAAGCAAUGGCGUUUAAUCGUAUUGGUAAUUUUGUUGUUGAUUGUGAAACUUACUAUUCAUCGCCCACUAUUACUCCACCGAGAGUAUUGAACAUUAUUCAUAAUUCUGAUUUUCCUGCUUCAUGCUUUGCUCAACUUGACACGGGAACAUGUUUACGAGCAGAUUCAUAUUUUGAUGCCAUGAUGAUGGUUUUGAAUGGUAUUUACCAGGCAAAGAGAGGUACAAAGAUAGAGUCAAAAGGACCAAAGUUUCAAAAAGGUGAUUUUGUUGUGAAAAUUGGAUCGGUCUCUAUCGGUCCUUCUUUUCGAGGUAUUCUAAUCGAAAUAGAAUAUGGCCCGUGCUCUGUGCCUCUCUAUUGCUGGGAUCUAUUGAAAGAAUUUAUGAAAUCUUUCAUGAAAGUACCCAAAGAACCUCCACCAUAUUUAAAGGCUAAAAUGGGCGAAAUUUGUACUCCGACCGAUAUCAUUUCUCAGUACAACAUUCAUUUCACUAACCUAAGGAAAGCAACACCUAUUGCUUCAUGUCCACCACCUUUAACGGUUAAAGGAUCAAGUAAUGAAGUUCAAAACAAUGGUGAUAUGGCAUAACGAUUUCUCUCUUUCUCUAUCCACUUUGAGUGGAUUACAAUUUCUCGAAAUUGGUAUUCCGUCAUUGUUUAAAACAUUGUUCAUAUCAUCACACAUCUUUGAUUUGUAAAGUUUGGAAAUUGAUUAAAUUAAUUGUGACAAUUUUCUAGUUUAAUAAUUGUUA